AUGUUUUGUAUAAAUGAACUUGGUAAACAAUUGGAAGAAAUUGAAGCGACACGUGAUCUUAUUCAACAAACAAUUAUUCAACGGACAGAAAAUCGUAAACAACAUACAUUAUUAAAGAAAAUUGAUCAAUUGGAACAAGAAUCUAUUGUCAAAAUUCGUCAAGUGACUGAAGAAGUGGAUAUGGCAACAUCUGAUUUAUUUGAGCGUACUUGUGAUAAUGCUCAAAUACAAGAAAAUGGGUGUCUUGUUGUCAAAGAUGGUUUAUCUAGUCACACAGAAAUACGUGGAAAAAAUGAAUAUAAUACUGGACGACAUAAAUUUUCUUUUCGCAUCGAACAAUUAGCUUCAAGUGGAUGGAUCUUUUUUGGAAUCAUCUCAAAAUCAGAAUCUACGAAUUUAGAUUCAUAUGAUUCGUCGUCAAGUUACGGAUGGUUAAACCAAAAUCAAAUGUAUGUCGGUGGCGAGGAUGAAGAAUGUCAAGAAAACAUUGAAAUCAUCGAAAAUGAUACUAUUACAUUUUUUAUUGAUUGUGAUCAGAAAAGAUUCUACUGCAAAAUGAUAGGUUGA